ACUCUACCGACAGCUUCAGGUAAUUUUAAUUGCUUUAGCUUUAAUUUCCAUUUGCCCUUUUUCAAGAAUUCCAAGCCAUAAAGAAAAAGGUCUGCUAGCUGAUAUUGAUCCAUUCAUCUUAUUAUCUUUAUGGGGUUGCAGAUUCUUGAUUGUUGCUAAAUUUGUACUUAACAUCAUUGAGUUAUUUUGGUGUAUUAAGGUUGUGUUCAUUGCAUGAGAUUUAGCUGAAUAUGAUGGAUUUUAUGUUUUAUUAGUCUGUUGCAUGAAAUCCAGCUUUGUUUGGCGUUUUUACCUGUCGUCUUAAGUGUUGUGAAUGUGUCUUGUAGUUUCUUAUUCGCUGUGUUUUGAGGAUGUUUGUGAUUUUAGAUAGGUAGUUCAUAGUAUUACUCUGUGGUUGUCUUUGUGUUCCCAUAUUUUUGUUGUUUGUUUUUAUUUUCUCUGCUUGGUACACUGAUUUUUGGCAUGAGCCGAGGGUCUAUCGGAAACAGCCUCUCUACUUCAUCUGAGGUAGUGGUAUUGACUGCGUAUGCUUUAUACACUGGGUAUGUUGUUGUAGUAUGUUAUGAUCGCGAUCUAUUAUUCUUUUUGUUUGUUUGUUUGUUUGUUGAUAAAGAUUAAAACAUUGAAGGGAAACUUGAAGCAACUGUAUAGUUUCUUAGUUUCUGUAGGUCACGGGUUCGAGUUAUGAAUCGGCCACUAAUGCUUGCAUUAGGUAGGCUGCCUACAUGACACCCUUUGGGAUGUCCUUUCUUGGACCCUGCGUGAACGUGGAUGCUUUGUGCACCGAGCUGCUCCAUAAAGGUUAAAACUUAAAUCUAAUGCUUCCAUCCUGAAUCAAUUCAGAUACCUUGUGAAAGAUGCAAAUCUGAAGUUCGUAGCUAAGCUUGACCUCAAAAUUGAUUGCUUUUCCUUAUGGAUCGACUUAGCGAGCUGCCUGAAUCGAUACUGCUUCACAUCCUCUCAUUCCUGAACAUGAGAGAUGUUGUCAGAACAGCUAUUCUCUCCAAACGCUGGUCGCACCUGUGGACUAUUGUCCAACAGGUUGAUUUUGAUCUUAAGGAUUUCUUUCCAUAUCAGAAUUUUGUGGACUUUGUGAACCGGACCUUGCUUUGUCGUGGCAAUUGUAAGAUCACAAGACUCAGAAUUGGUCUCUUUUUAAAUGCUAGUUCUCGUAAAGAUUAUGUUGGAUGGAUAAUGUAUGCUACAAAGAACAACGUGGAAGAGCUUUUUCUAGAUUUUGAUUCAGAUUGUUGUGAAUGGUUGCCACCUCCGUGUGUUUAUAGCAAUUCAUCGCUCAAGACAUUGAGGUUGUUGAGCUGCAGGCUCGUACCUGCUAUGCAGAUAAGAUGGAACUUGUUGACAAAGUUAACCCUCCGAUUCUCGGUGUUGUGGGAUGACAUCAUUCGUAAGAUUAUGGUGGGUGCUCCAAAGCUGGAAUUCUUUGAAUUGGAUACAUGCUGGGGCUAUAAUGAUCCGACUUUUGAUUCUCCUUCUUUAAGAGUGCUGAUUGUCUGUGACGAUGAAUCAGGUGUGUACGAACAUGGUCCCGUCAUGAGAAUUUCAGCCCCAAAUGUUCAGUUUCUGCGACUGUCGGGAUCUCUUUAUAGGAAGUGUGUUUUGAUGAACAUGCCAUCCGUUGUUCAGGCCACUCUCGAUUUUCAUCCAUAUACUCAUUCCGAUAAACAAAAGGAGGACUUAAAAUGGAAGCAGGACAACCUAAUGGAGUUGGUUGGGUGUCUUCAACAUGUUGAGAGCUUAACCUUGGGUAGUUGGUGCAUCGAGGUUCUAGCGCUAAGGGAGAAGAGACGCAUGCCUUGUCAGAUUUCAACCUACAAAUGUGUCACAUUAAGUGCAUACAUGACGGAAGAUGAUCUUUUGGGGACAGUUAACCUGCUAAAAGGUUCACCAGCACUGCAGACGCUAAUAAUAGACAUGCAAUCAGUACUCUAUGACUGGCGGCGACGAGCCAUGGAGUACUCGUGCAAUUCUAAUGUCGAAGACUACUUAGCAUCACAAGCAAAGCACAUCAGGUGUCUGCGUCAUUUGAAGACGGUCAAGCUGACCAAAUUUGUGGAACAACACUCUGUAUUUCCAUUUGUGGAGUUCAUUUUGAAGAACGGGAGUGUACUGGAGAAUCUUGUAAUCAUAGCUAGAAGGGGCUCAGAGGAAAAUUCACCAGAGUCCUUGCUGAAAGUAGCUCAGAGAUUACUUAGCAUGCCUAGGGCUUCUUCCCGAGCAGUCAUUACUCUCCUCAACUGAUAACAUUAAGUGAUCAUAUCAUACUCCGAUGGAACAAUAUUCAUCGGCUUCAGAAGCUGUAUGGGCCUCCCGGUGCACUAAGCUCCCGCUAUGCGCAAGGUCCGGGAUAGGGCCUGACCACAGGCUCGCCUUAUAUUUCUGCAAGGGGUUGCUUCCAAGGCUCGGUUUUACCAGUUACUCCGAGGCAAUUGGUUGUAUUUUAUUUCUUUAAGAUCAGAUAUCAUGCAUGAAUAACUAUAUGAGACAUGUUUUUGUAAGAUGAACUUUUGCUAUUAUGUGAAGAUAAAACUAAAGUCUACCUCUAUUGUAAUAUUGCUGUAAGAUUACAAGUUCUCCCUUGGCUAGUAAAGAAUCAAAUUUGUAUACAA